UUGAUUUUCAUGUGCUUAAGAAACUAUCAUCAAAAACUAUCUUCAAAAUUUAUACUGACGCACUUUUCGAGUUAAGAAUUGACAAAAACGUGACUUAAAACUUACUUAAGAGCGCAUCGUUCGUAAAAUUGUCACAGCAAACGUAGAUACUGGAAAUAUGAAUGGUUGUUGUGGCUUUUAAAUUAUAUGCGCUCUUGGUUAGAACUAAUCAAUCUAUUGUUAUGGAGCGUUGUGGGAACUUUUCCCCGCGGAUUUUGCUGCUGGCGAUAUUACUUGUCGUGUUUGUUCAAUUUAGCGAUGCCACGGCACCAACUCUUUCUCAGCAUGUGGAACAAACAGGAACAGAUGCCAUUGAAAUGUACUUGGAGUUUGCGGCGCCCGCGACUCUAAGAAGAGACGGUGUAAUCAUUGCUACCAGUGCAGCUGGCACCAUCGUAACUUCAUCCAACUUCACCGACUCUAAUUACGUCAACAACAUUGACCAGCCAGAUGCUCUGGAUGCUGGAAGCAGCUACAGCUACUCUCUGGACGACGCUUCUGGUCUUGGUCCUACUGCUCAGAUCAUGUGUACCCGUGCACUGCCGCCAUCUGCCAUUGUCGCAAGUGCGAUGAAUCAAAGCGUGGCCAAAGUCUUCAUCACUACAAACCCUGGCAACCCCUCAAACUUGGAUGGUUUCAAUGUGCGCUCUUUGGAUGGAUCCAUUGACUCUAACGAGACUAAUACAGAGAUAACACUUGAUGGAUUGCCUGUCCCAUUCACUGAGUACGAAUUUGUAGCGAAUCAGCUCUUCUUUUGUGCUGCCGGGGAGGAUAUGAGCAGCGUCAACACCUCCUCCAACAAGAUCCGGCUGGCCCCGGCGACUCCAAACAUUUCGGACGUAUACGCGGUCCCCAUAACCACCGACGUCCAUUUGAACUUUAGCUUCUCGAGUGUAGACUCGGACGUGAAAUACAACUUGUACAGAGACGGGGUGCUCAUUGAAGUGUUCUCACAGACGAACUACUCUAGUUUUGGAUCGACCGGAUUUGACUAUUUGGAUCCAGAUCUUGAGCACGGUUACGUGUACACGUACAUCUACGAAGCAGAAGACGAGUUCUCUGGUCUCAAAGAAGCCUCCGCCGAGAAUUCUGUCUGCACAUAUCCCGGUGACGUCACUGACUUGAGUUGGUCCAACAUGGCUGUUCAGCAAGUGAGUCUGGUGUUCGGGGCACCCUCUGGAAAUUACACCAAGUUCGUCUACAGCUACGAGGGAUCUGUCAGCUCGGGAUCAAACAAUGUCUCUGCAACAACCACAAUCGACGUGGCUGGACUUGGAUCUGCGGAAACUGUCACCUUCACAGUUCAGAGUGUGGUGGAUUGUCUCGGGGGCUCGCUAGAUGGCAACAACUCCACCGUCACCGCAUACACAAGUCCCCAAGCUCCAUCUAUCACUGCUACUGGCAUCAACAUUCGAAGGGAGGGCUUGAAUAAAAUCCAACUUGUAUGGGCUGGUAACACAGGCGAUGUCAACACAGACCCAAGCCUCAUAAAAUCAACCGUAUUCCGCAGCUCUGACGGUGGCGUGAGUUACGUCGAGGCGUACCCAAACACGACUCUGAAUUACAUAAUAGACGAGGGACUGUCUCCGGCGACAGAGUACACCUACAAAGUGAAGACAUACUACAACGGAUACCCUUCUCCAGAUUCGACCACCACCACUGCAUGUACUUACCCUACAAAGCCGCAGAACGUGACCUUUACCGCAAUCAACUCCACCGCUUUGAUCUGCACCUGGUCCGCCCCCAGUGUAUCUGGACCUGCUCUGAGCGACUACGAGGUCAUUUUCAAUGACUUAUCCGCCACUCCUGAAGUUCUGGACCUCGGUAACACUUCAAAGGUGGUUGACUUGACCAGAGCGAGUGUAGACCGGAAUUUGCCUAAUGUUUGCUAUGUCAGAACACGGACGGGGUGUUCUGUGGGGGGUAAUCUGGAGGGCAAGUGGGCUAGUGCAGUGGCCUACUUCGCCCCUUUUGAGCCCUCAGUGUCGGCCAAGGCCAUCUCGCAGACGGAAGUGGAAUUGGAAGUGAUUCCAGACUACGAGUUCAAUAACAUUCGUACAUAUCUUGCCACCAUUUACAGAGAUGGAGUUUCAAUUGCUGAAGACAUUGGGUUCCCGUGGCACUACACCGAUACCGGACGAGUGGCAGGAACCCAAUACUUGUACUCCGCCGAGUUCAAAGCGUUCGGCAGCUCCUCUGCAGUCUCAAACACAACUGCGACUUGCACGACUCCUAAAGAAGUCACCGACUUGCAAGUUUCCUUCUCAAACUCUAGUCACCUGACCGUCUCUUGGACCAUUCCUGCGGGUGUGGUUGAGGCGUUUGUAGUGCAAGCGAACUCGUUUAUAGCAGAGACAAACAUGAAUCAAACAGUGAUAAAUGUGACCGUAGGACUGGAUGACUACUCUAUAGAUAUCCCCACUUUGGAGGACGAGUCCUGCUUCAAUGUGCUCGUGAUGACACUAGUUUAUUGCGACCACUGGAUGCUUCACAACAUCAGCAGCCCGGGACGGCAUAUCAAAGCUUGCACAACUGUUCAACCGCCCAACAUAACAGUAACUGCAAGUCGCUACAACGAGAUCACCAUUAUAUUUGAGGACACUGACCCCCAGUAUACAUACCAUUUGUGGAGGGGGGCUCUCAAGCUGAAUGGGGUGGGGGCAGUUACAAUGGAUACAAAUGGCCUCACUGCGGGAGCUGAAUACUGCUACACUGCGGCUAUCCAGAAAAAUGGCGUCAUGUCUCCACGCUCCCAUUCCUUCUGUGCGUGCUCGAUGCCAUCUGCAGUGUCCAGUGUGAACAUAGAUGCGGCCACUGAUACUUCUAUCACAGUGGGAUGGGUGGAGCCGAGUGACGAGUACGAGUUCGUGCGCAUUGUCGUCAACAACCUCCACUCGAACAUGACUGUGCUCUCGGAUCAGUUCACGAUUGGAGUCACCAAUGCAGUCGAUAUUCCUGCUCUGCAGCCCAACACGCCAUACAGCAUCAUCAUUUCAAACGAGGUCUACUGCAAUUCUAAGAACUACACUUACAAACUGAUAUCGUCGGAGCCGAAGUCAAUUGCAGCCUACACCAACGCACAGAGACCUGUGCUGUCUCUCUACACAAACCCCCUUCAACCCCCUGCCGUGUCUGUCAACUUCUUUCUGCCUCUGGGGACGGAGGGCUACUCAUUCCAGCUGGAGCGAAACGGAAUCGAUAUUCCAUCCAUCACAAAUCCGUUCAAUGAUGUGAAUUUGGAACCAGCCACUGAGUACACAUACAAAGGACACUUAGUUGGCCACAGUGGGUCGGAGAGUCCUGUGAGUCAGGAGGUGGUUAUCUGCACCCAUCCUGACAAAGUGGUCAACCUGAGACAGACAGGAGCCACCACCACCACAGUCACAGUCGCUUGGGACGCUUCUGCAUACCAACCCAGUGGUUACUACGCAAUGCUGCACAAUCUGACCGAUGAUUUCGUGACUGGAGUCGACGCCUCUGCCACCGCAAGCAGACUCAGUUGGAUGUCCUCGACGUCCUCUCUUUCUGCCCGAAUAGGCGUGAACACCUUCACGGCCACGCUGAAUUCAUUCGACGGAGCAGCUAUGAAUCCGGCACAACAUUUUGUAGUGGGACUGUUGUCUUGUUUGGACUGCACCGAGACGGACUCGGCCGCACUUGUCGCGGAUGACUCACUGGUCGCUUCGGGUCAGACUUUGGCCCAUGAAUUAUGCAGCAACUUCGCGACAAUCACCGUCUAUACGAAACCAGAAACACCUGCAUGCAUCGCGCAUACAAUUGGCACGAAUGAGAUUCAACUCAACGCCACUCUGAAUGAUCUAGAUUUGAACCCUGCUACAAUUUACUUCAAACGAAGUGGUAUUGGAGGCUACAUUGUCUCGGACUUGACCUUGAGUGACCUCCCGUAUUCGGACACUCGUACUUUGGUUCCUGGCAGAGAGUACACGUACACUGUGACCAGCCAGAUUGGAGGAUUUGAGAGUGCCAGUUCAACUUGUGCUCAGUGCACGAAGCCUAAUCCGCCCGAGAACUUCGACGGGUCUUUCCAGGAUGACCAGGCCGUUAGAGUUACUUGGGAUGCCUCAGGCAUCAACGGAGACUUCGACUCUUUCGAAGUGUCCAAGGAGGACGAGGCUUUUACAGCCGUCACGCCCACCACUCAACUGUUCUAUGAUUGGACUGGACUCAACCCCUCCACCUGCUACAAGUUCCAUGUGCGCACUAAAGUAGACUGUGUCGCCAACUCCAACACACCCGUCUACUCUGAUACACUCACCAUACGCAAGUGCACUCGACCCUCCCAGUGUCAACUCACUAAGGUAUCGCCUGUUGACCUCUCGGAGGGUGGAUACUCGCGUAAACUGGAGCUGAACUUCACUGUGAACUAUGAGCACUCCUACAAGAUCUUCAAGUCGGGUGAGGCUGAGACACUCUACGAAGAGAUCGCCCAGGUGCAAGAUGACUCAGGUGUAUAUCUGGACACAAAUGUUCUAUCCGGAGUGGGCUACUGCUACAAGUGCACUGCCAUUGCCAAUGGAAUUGAGAGCAUCAGAUCAACCAGUAUCUGUUCGUGCAGUCUGCCAGCUGCUCCCGCCGAUUUGACCUUCAAUGCUCUCUCAGACAGUUCCAUAGAGCUGGCCUGGGCGUUCCCAGACAGCAACGGACGGUACACCGACUUCGAAAUCACACACGAUCUACACACUACUACUGCCAUGACGAGCAAUACGUUCACUUACACCUGGAACACGAAUCUUCUACCUGGAUCCGCCUACAAGUUUUACAUCCGAACCCAUUUGGACUGUACAGCCGCCAGUCCAGAUAUCGACCUCUACUCGCGAUGGUCUAUGGUGCAGGCCUACACGGAACCGUCGACACCUCUGUUGUAUCCGAAUGUGUCGGACACGAAUACGAUCACCCUGCAAGUGGCCAAUGCCUCCAGCUAUGAUUUGAUAAGGCUAUUCCAAAAUGGCCUUGAACUUCUGCCGGUGCCCGCAUCCUGGCCCCAUCGGGUCACCAAUUUGACCCCUGGAACCUCCUACGCUUUCUACGCAGUGGUGCAGAUCAACGGUCUCUCGGCUCAGAGCAAUGAAGUCACCUUCUGCACGACUCCGGAAGUGCCGACUGCCGUGCACACGACUACCAGGCAUUUCUACGGGUUCGAAGUGAUCUGGAAUGCACCGUCUGCGGGAGACUUUAGCGGGUACGAAGUAUGGACGAAUGCCAAUGUGUCAUCCCAAUGGUUCAACGUAACCCCUAUAAUGUCAGGCGGAUCCAUGAGCACAAAUCUGAAAUUCUACAAUUUUGACGUCGAUAAAGACUUCUCUUUCACCCCGGGUUCGGGAGACAACGCGCCAGGCAUCGCUCCCCCCUUCAUCCAACUGAGUGGUAUCGAGUCAGGUGGAAGUUACAAUGUGAAAGUGCAUGCUUACAAGUCGUGCAUGGUCACAGCACCCGAUGGAUCCACGUCUAAUGAAAUGUUUUACAGUGAAGAUGUGUCAACUGAAGCUUAUGUUGGUGCUCAUCCAGUGGUGAAGAUAGACGCCCAGUCCAUAUCCCAGACGGAGAUCCAGCUGAGUUUCGAUGACCUGUCCAGUCAAGUGGAGGCAGGCACUACAUUCACUAUCUACCGCUACAAUGGACAGAACAUGUUGGAUGCCACAUUCAAUCACGUGACCCUUGAUGACCUGCCAAUGAGAGAUGAAGGUCUCGACCCGGCCAGUUUCUAUUAUUAUACAAUCAGUGUGCACCUACACAAUGUCACAACUGACGAUGACAGCAGAAAUGCUCUGAUCGAGGACUACUUGAACGCCACCCAGUCUCUGAGCACGUUUCAUCUGGACUACCCAGCUGGUCCAGAGGUCUCCGCUGACAAGUCCAUCAGUUUCUACUACUACAAGGAGAGAUCUGCGUGCACUUAUCCUCCGAAUCCGUCUCAGAUGUCCUCGGUUGAUCUGGAAGUGGACGAGUUUUCCAUCAGCUGGACAGUGGAUAGUAUGGCUCACAUAGUGACAGAGUGUGCACCCUGGAACAACUCGGUGGGUAUCUUUGGAACCCCCGCUUGUGUCAAUGUCUCCCAGAUGAUUUACUUGGACGGAGAGUAUCACGACAUAUUGCGAGAUGACCAUACAACCCGUGACUACACCUACACAUCGCUCCCCUCCCCCAGAAGUGCCUACUGGGCUCAAGUGACCGUGGCGUUGACAUGCCCAGAUGACAAGAUCUAUCUGGACACGAGGGAGUAUAUAGAUUUGGGCACAUCUAGAAUGCCUUACAACCCAGCUCACACUUUGUAUAGUUACAGAAGCGAGAGCAGUUCCAUGUUCAAAGGUGUCUCCGGAUUCACGAAACCCUCAAACAUAGCCCUCUUGAAUGUGACCACUGGAAUGCAUGACCCCUCGACUGAAGUGGCCAUAUGGUUCAGUCAGGACGAAGAAGCUCUCGAGUACGAGACUGUCGCAACCUGGACUGAAGACCUCUCUGUGUCGCCUUUUGAGAGCCAUAAUCAAUCCAGAAUGGACACGACGCCAUACCAUGUCCUCACACACCUCUACUCUGGACAAGUCUACAGCAUAUCAGCCAGGGCCUACUGGGUCAUUAAUGGAUCCCUCACUAUCUAUGGAUUCUAUGCUCCUGUGGCCAUUGAGCAAACUGGGCUUUACCCACCUUUGGUCGAAAAUGCACAGUCGGCAUUCGGGGACCCUGUCCUUGUUUGUACAUACCCGAGCGAAGUUGAGAAUUUGGUGGCAAUUGGCCGCAACAACCAGACAGCCGGACUGACCUUCCAGAUCCCAGACAGAGGGGUGAUGGACGCCUUCAACGUGUCGCUGAGCAUGGGGGGUCGAGUGAUCCACACUGCCGUGGAAACGAACUCUCCCUACUACACCCCAGGUGGGUCUGUCGGGUGGAACUACACGGAUGGGGGAGUGGAGAUGAGGCCCUGCAGUGAGUUCGUGGUGUGGGUGAACACAAGGAGCCGCUGUGGUAAUCAGUUGGGGGAACUCUGGUCUCUCAGAGGGCAAUGGGACGCCGCAUACACAGCUCCUAACACGCCUUUGAUCAAUUACUCGAAUGUUCAAUCCAUCGGCGAGACUUCGAUCUACUUGGAGUGGUCUAUGAGUCAAGACACAGAUGAUCAUUGUGUGGGUUCUCUCUUCACAAUAUACAGAAACGGAGUCUUGGUCACAGACACUCAGCGGAAUCUAGAUCGCACUGAUACUGGACUGACUGCUGGCACCAUUUACACGUACACAGUGUCUGCCUCCAAGAAUGGCCAAACUAGUCCCCCCUCGGAAGCAUUGCAAGCUUGCACAUACCCGUUGCCUCCUCUGUCGGCUGUGUUGGUGUCGGGAGAUGACGAGCAGUCUUCCUUCACAGUGCAGUGGGAGGAACCAGCCAAUGGGACGAGGACUGGCUUCUUCUACAGCGACGGACUCUCACACAACAACACCAGGCUCCUCAACAACAACAUCACGUAUGUGGCACAGACUCCAGGAGCAGAGUUCAACUUGGACAUCGUCAUCUUCUCCUACCUGGACUGUCCAUUCACAAACCGAUUCCCAGAAGUAGAAUUAAUCUCCCCCCAGAGUUACUCUUUCAACCUCACCAAAUGCACCGCACCUUCCAAUCCGUGGAUAAACAUGACCAGAAAUGGAGACGAGGCUAUAGUGCACGUGUACGUUCCUCAAGGACAGUUCGACAGGAUGACGAUUGAACUAAACGAGAACCUUGCCGAGUUGUCGUUGACCUCGCCUGACGGAACCCCGAAUCCGACUCCCAACAACACUCUGUUUUCAUUUGUGGCCAACAGUCCUCACAGUGACUCGUCCAGCUUCUAUGACCUGGUUUUCACUGGUCUCAAGAAAGAUGUUCUAUAUGAAGCAUCCGUGGCAACUGUCUACGAUUGUUCACUCAACCUCAAUCUGCACUCAUCAGCAACAAAGAUCACCAUCCAACAAAGCAAACAAGAUGAGAUCUUGAACUUGACUCAUCCGAAGUUCGCCAUGGUCAUCUGUGCCAUAGUAGUGUUCCUUCUGGCCUUAGUUGCCGUGGGCGUAUUCAUCUGUCUCUAUCUGAAGUUCGUGAGGGGCGCUAAAGCUGCCCGCAGUCAGUGAAAUCAACAACGAAAAAAAUGGAUGCCAAUCAGACCACAGAUGGGAACCCGAAGAGAACUUUUAUCAUUACAGACAUUUUAAUUCAAACAAGGUGCGAUUAGUUCCAAUUCAACAAAUGUAAAUGCGAUUGCUUUCCUAAAAUAUGUUUUUAUUCAAUAUGUAAAUACUUAAAUACGUGUAAAUAUUAGAAUAAGAAUUAUCUUUCUUAAAGGUCAAUGAUGAGCAAAAUGUGAGAAACUUAUGAAAAAUUGAAAACUUU